GACCUCCGCGACAUGCUUGCCUCAUGCUUCACCAUUCGUCAUUGCUUCGCUCUUCCUGCGACAUGCGGCGUGCUUGUCGUGCUUGUCCGCUGCUCUCUCGUGACUCCCUGCCAUCCGUCCACCCCUGGUCACCUGCGCCCCCCGUGGGCACAGACGUGUACGAGCGCAUGGUGCCGCCGGGCAGGAAGCCCACCUUCGUCCACAUGCUCGCCACCAUGUUCGUCAGUGCUAUCUCCCAUGGCUUGAAUUGCGGUGACUUCAUAUUCUUUGCCAAUUGGGCGCUUGUUGUUGCCAGCUCUAAAGCCAUCUACCAGCUGACGGCAGGAAUCCCCAAGGGCACCAUCACCCACCGCAUUGUGGCACUUCUUCAUACCCUCUAUAGCAUCUUCGUCUCUACCUACAUGGCCAGCGCCUUCUGCGUGAUGACACUAUCGGGUGCAUUCUCAGCCUAUAGUGGCAUGUACUAUAGUGCUCCGGCGAGGAUUCCGUCUCUUGACGAACUCCGUCGAAUGCUGGAGCAGACGGAGAGCGCAACUCUGACGGGAAAAGCAGAGACGGCGGGGAACGGAGGAUCAGAAGGGGAAGGAAUCGACGGUGAAGGCGGGAGAGUGUGGGAGAACGUGGCAAAGGCUUCUACGCGGCGGUUCGGGCAGAACGAAGGCGAAGGCGAGAAGGUGCGCGUGGUGCUGUAUCGCGACGACGCCGCGUGGUGCCCCUUCUGCCAGCGCGUGUGGCUGCAGCUCGAGGAGAAGCGCAUUCCGUACCGGGUUGAGAAAAUAAACCUCAAGUGCUACGGGCCAAAGCCUGAUUGGUUCUUGGAGCUCGUGCCCAAUGGCAUGCUGCCAGCUGUCCAGCUAGACGGGCGAGUGAUCACAGAGUCCGUGACUAUAAUGAAGGAGAUCGAAGCCGCCUUCCCAAGUCACUCGCCGCUCCUCCCCCCUCCCUCUGAUGCGCACGCAGCAGAGGCAGCAGAGCAGCUGAUGGGUCUGGAGAGGGGGUUGACUGGGGCGUGGCUCAAGUGGACCAAGGGAAAGGAUGCCAUGCGCUGGCUUGCCGGUGGUAGUGGGGCCGGAAGCAGCAGCAGUGGGGGUAGCAGCAGUGUGAGCAGUAGUGGCAGCAGUAGCAGUGGCGAGGGUGCAGGCGAUGAGGAGGAGGGGGAGGGGCGGAGGGAGUUUGAGGCGGCAAUGGAUGCCAUGGAAGAGGCUUUGGUGAAGAGCGGAGGGCCUUACUUCCUUGGGAAAGAGCAGUUCUCCCUUGUUGACGUGACCCACGCGCCUCUCCUGGAGCGAUUCGCUGCCAGUGCACCGUACUGGAAAGGCCUCACAGUGCGGAACAACCCUCGCUGGCCGGCGCUCUCCCGCUGGUACGACGCCAUGGAUGCUCGACCCGCCUACCUCCCUCUCAAGUCUGACGAUUUCUCCAUCACCCACUCCCUUGUCCCGCAAAUUGGGCCGGUGAUCGCCAGCACCAAUCCAACGGCUGUGGCGCGCCGGGCUUUUAUUGAUGGAUGGGAUGGGACGGGUGCAUGGGAUCUGCCACUGGGGGAGGAGGAGACGGCGUGGGGGAGGGAGGAUGGGACGGGGGGGGAGGGGCGGAGGGCGCAGAGAGAGGUGGUGCAGGCGAUUGUGGGGAAUCAUGACAGGCUAGUGGCCUUUUGCCUGCGUUCUUUGGGGGAUUCUGCACAUGUUUCAGCCGCUACGACUACUGGGGAUGCUGCUGGUGCCAUGGGUGCUGGUGCCGCUUCUAUGAGCAGCCAGACUCAUGCGGACCAAGCUGAGCCACAGCAGCAGGCCAUCACAGCGGAAUGCCUUGCGCCAGCUGUCAGCGAGGCGUUGCGCCACGUGGCGCAUGCACUGCUGGUCGGCACAGAAGCAGCAGGCCCAUUCCCUGCCGUGUCCCAGUCACUUCAGAUGAUAAGUGGUGGGAGCAGAAUCAUCAUCCUGGCCAGCAUACUAUCCCUCUCCAUCACCUUCCCACGCGGCUGCCAGUAUCGCUGGCAUGUUGCUGACCCGCAUUGCCUGGCAGCAGUGGGAGGGGGCAAGGAGCAGGUGGCAUCUGGGUGGUGGGCUCGGGGUUUGUUGUAA